UCAACGGAAGCAAUACACCCCCAACUGGAAAGCAAGGCAUAGAAGAAGAGAAAGCUUCAUUACCAUUUAUUCAAGAGGAAAUAAAAAAAUGAAGGCAAUCCCAUGGUUUGUAUUGGUAGCUUAUAUUUGCCUAGCUAGUAGUCUGCAUUUCGGCUUGGUAGAGGCUGCUACCAAAUACUAUACCUUCGUCCUCAAGGAAAGUAAUUUUACAAAGCUGUGCAGCACAAAGAGCAUGUUGACUGUAAAUGAUAGUUUUCCAGGGCCAGAGAUUCAUGUUCACAAGGGAGAUACUGUGUUCGUUAACGUCCAUAACCAAGGAAAAUAUGGUGUCACUAUUCAUUGGCAUGGAGUGAAGCAACCUAGGAAUCCAUGGUCAGAUGGUCCUGAAAACGUUACGCAGUGUCCAAUCCCAGCAGGAACAAACUUCACCCAAGAGAUCAACUUUAGCUCAGAAGAAGGAACUCUAUGGUGGCAUGCCCAUAGUGACUGGUCGAGAGCUACAGUCCAUGGAGCUAUCAUUAUUUACCCUCAAAAUGGAACCACUUAUCCUUAUGUUAAACCUCAUCAUGAAGAAACUAUUGUGCUCGCUUCAUGGUAUAAGGCAGAUGUGAUGGAGGUGAUCACCGAUGCCCUUACGACUGGUGCAGACCCCAACGUCUCUGAUGCCUAUACAAUCAAUGGAGAGCCUGGAGAUUUCUAUGAUUGCUCCAAUGAAACGACAUAUCGUUUGUCAGUCGAAUAUGGCAAGACCUAUCUCCUCCGAAUUAUCAACGCCAUAUUAAACGAAGAAACAUUCUUCGGAAUUGCAGAGCACAACCUCACACUUGUAGGCACAGAUGGCGCAUACGUGAAGCCUGUAACUGUAGACUACAUCGUCAUAGCUCCAGGCCAAACCAUGGACGUCUUGCUCACAGCAAACAAAACUCGUAGCUACUACUACAUUGCUGGCUCACCUUUCGCUGAUUCUAUAGCCCCAUUUGACAACACCACGACUACUGCAAUUCUUGAGUAUAAGGGCAAUUAUACUCCUCCAUCAUCAAUCCCAUUUCCAGUUUUGCCUUUUUAUAAUGAUUCUGAUGCUGCAGCAAUCUUCACAGAUAAGAUUAGAGCUUUGAACAGUGCAGAACAUCCUGUUAAUGUCCCACAAAACAUCAGCAGACAAAUCUACAUGACAGUGUCCACAAACAUUUUGCCUUGUCCCAACAAUUCAUGUUCAGGGAAUUCUAAUGGAGAUAGGUUGUCUGCAAGCCUGAACAACGUCAGCUUUGAUACUCCUUCUAUAUCAAUUCUCGAGGCAUAUUACUGGAACUUGACUAAGGAUGUUUACACUACAGAUUUCCCCGAAAAGCCUCCAAUGUUCUUUGACUUCACUGGAAAUGUGGACAACAUUACGUUGUACACAAGCUUAGGAACCAAGGUGAUAAUGGUAGAUUUUAAUGAAACGAUAGAAAUUGUUUUCCAAGGGACCAAUCUGUCGGCGGCCGAAAAUCAUCCAAUGCAUCUCCACGGUUUCAGCUUCUAUUUGGUUGGAAAGAACACAGGAAAUUUUAACAAUGCCACUGAUCCCUCAACUUACAAUUUGAUUGAUCCGCCAGAAGUUAACACCAUUGGCCUUCCCAAGAAUGGAUGGGCUGCUAUCAGAUUUUACGCAGAUAAUCCUGGGGUGUGGUUUAUGCACUGUCAUUUGGAGCGUCAUGCAAGUUGGGGAAUGGACACUGUGCUAAUAGUGAAGAAUGGGGGCACAGAAGCGACAAGCAUUCGCCGGCCCCCUCCUUAUAUGCCUCCUUGUUCCAAGUCCUAGUUGUGAGAGGUCUUCAUGCCUUGAUCUUCUAUUGUUUAAGUCUGUCGGAAAACUCUUGAAUAAUUAUUUUAUAUAUAUAUAUAAUUUAGUUACCA